GUUAGUGUUCAUCAGCCAUGAAGUUCUAUAUCUAAAUAAAAAUACAGUUUCAAUAUGAAUCAAUCAUAAAUGUAAUUUAGUUUCAAUGAAUAUCGCUCCAUGUUGAUGACAAUUUUAAAACAAUAGGAUUUGCAAUUCUUAACAACAUUUUAACUACAAAUAUGAAUGGAAUUGAAUUCAAAAGUAUUGAUGGAAAUAUUGACUACAAUGAGACCAACUUAAAUCCUGUAAGAAAAAUGAGCGAAAACGACAAAAACACGUGUACAACCGACCAAUCAAAUAACAAGAUGGCAUCUGACAAUUUCAAUGAAGAAACGGAACAAACCAAUUGUAUUAAGAAAGAAUUAAACGCCCAAGCAGAUAAAUCACACUACCGAGCGGAGACUUUACUCUUGAAGAAUAAAGAAAAUUAUAAAGCUAAUGGAACCAAAGACAGAAUAAGACGCUUAUGUCCAGCUCUAGUACUUACAGCAGUUGUCUUUUUGUGUAUAUUUACUGCUCUUGCAGUCUUCAUAUCGCAAUACAAAGAUUCAAACUGUUCAAACUGUGAAAAAGAAAAUCCGCCUCAUAUAGUCCUAGUUUUAUCUGAUGAUCAAGGUUGGAACGAUAUUGGAUGGCACAACCCCGACGUGUUAACUCCAAAUCUGAUCAGGUUAGGGAAGCAAGGUGUCAUAUUGGAAAACUCGUAUGUUCAACCUGUAUGUACUCCGUCACGAGCUGCUAUCCUAACGGGCAAAUAUCCUUUCCGAACUGGGUUACAGUGGCUUGUCGUUGAAAAUCAUCAACCAAAGUUUUUACCGACAAACAUAACCAUUCUGCCAGAACUUCUGAAGGAACGUGGAUAUACCACUCAUAUCGUCGGAAAGUGGCAUCUUGGUCACUGCAGUGAAGAUGUUAUACCGACAAAAAGAGGUUUUGACUCAUUUCUGGGUAUUUUAAAAGGAGGAGGUGAUUACUACUCAAUGUCAUUUGGUGGUAACUAUGACUUUUGGAAAAAUGAGGACAUUUAUUUUCCACCAGAGGGUUCAUAUUCUACGGAUUUGUUCACAGACAGAGCUGUUGAGAUAAUAGAAAACAACGACGGAAAGACAUCUCCCUUGUUCUUACAAAUCUCUUAUACGACUCCUCAUUUCCCACUUCAGGUCCCAAAAACAUUUAAGGACAUGUAUCCUAAUGUCACCGAUGCAAACAGACAAACGUACUUAGGAAUGGUAUCUUCACUUGAUUAUGGAAUUGGAAAGGUUGUCAAUGCAUUGGAAAGAAAUGACUACAUGGAUAAUACGGUCUUUAUUUUCCUCGCUGAUAAUGGUGGUGAUCUUGACUUUGGUUCUAGCAACCUGCCUUUGAGAGGAGACAAAGGAGAUUUAUGGGAAGGAGGAACAAAAUCAGUCGGACUUGUUUACAGUCCAAAAUAUUUAGGACAAAGUGGUUGUAUACAUUAUGGAAUGAUACAUGCUGUUGACUGGUUUUCAACAAUCUUAGAUAUUGCCAAAUAUCAACAAGUAGAGUCGGAUCAUUUAGACUCAGUAAGUCAGUGGGAACAUUUAAAGGAAUGCAGUGGUUCAGCAAGAAGUGAAUUUGUUUACAAUAUAGAUGACGAUAUAGCAAUGUCUGCAGCUUUAAGAGUUGAUAACUAUAAGAUAAUUGUUGGAGAUCCACGUGUGUAUAAUUUCAAUGCCAGUACUUUCGUUUCAUCGCCAAUUGAUCCGAGUAAUACAGAAGUCAGGCUAUUCAACCUCUAUGAUGACCCGUCGGAAACAAGAAAUAUUGCAUCUGAAAAUCCAAUCAAAGUAAAAACUAUGUUGAGAAAACUUGAUGAGUAUAGGAAAGACAGUGUAACUGCAGCUAACCCGGAUUAUCUACCAAAGAAUAUUACACAUCCUAAUGGAGUUCUUAGGCUUGACUGGUGCUGAGCUUACCAGUGAGGCAAUGUACCAGCAGUUGACCAGGACCUUCUGCCUCCAGAUAUUAGACAUCUUCAAGAUUUUUUAAAAAUAUAAAAAUAAAUCUAUAGUAAUUCGUCUCUAAUGGUUGUGGUCUGUAAUCUAUUAUCCACAUAAAGAGAUAUAUUUCUCAUAUCAUACUGAACAGCGAAUGUUACGGAUAAUUACUAGUAUAUGAAACAAGAUAAAUUGUUGAGUUUAAUAUCCUAGAUAUGUAAUUCAAUUGCGACAUUUACAUUAGCUUUUCUUUAUGUCAAUGAUGACUUUCGGAGUUUUUUUUCUUUAAGAGUAAACAAACAGAAUGUGUCGUUUACCUGAAAAAGAUCAUAGUGACAUCACAACUGAAUUUGUCGGCCAGAAGAACAUACAUUACAUCACCCUUAUCAUGUGUCACUAGAACUUAUAUAUUUUUGAAAAACACCAAUGAACUGGUCUUUAAUUUUAGGGCUAAAAUAAUGACAGUGAUGUCAUCUAAUUUGAAAUUUAUUUGCGCUCGUUUGCCAAAAACAUUUUGGAACAGUUGUCUGAAGACCUAAACAUGGAAUUGGUGUG